AUUAUCUCCACAUUUACAUUUAGAAUCACACAGUAGCAAAUGGAGCAUGUUGCUAACUGAGGUCUUUUGAUCUCUUAAGCCCCAGGCACUUUCUCUUGGUUCUUACAGAGCGAAUUCUGAAUCUUUCCUUCCCACAAGCUUAGAAACCCCAGGCCAUCUCUCAUUCCCAGAAGUUAGAAGCAAGUUUGAGAAGUUCCCCCCUCUUCCCCCUUCACUGCAGAGACCUAUGCAAGCCCAUCUGGGUCCCUGAUGGAAGGUGCACCCUCUUAGUCUCUGGCAAAGGCACCAAGACCCAGAACUUGUACAAGGCCCUGAUAAGCUUCUUAGAAGGGGUAUUAGCAGGGAUUGGAUAUUCUUCCCUGAGAUGCCCUUCACUCCCGACCCUGUCUUCAACUAGGAUUCCAUAAGAGAGCUGGGGGCAGGAGAAUGGGGUAGUCCUUGCUGUCUAGCUUCAGACCCACUCUUUGAGAUCCUGGAUUUUGACAAGUUUCCAGAACGGAGAAGACACCCAGAUGUCCAGGUUUGAAGGUUUGUGGAUAUCUCUUAGCUGGGCUUCAUGGAGAAAUCUUCCCUGAUCACCAACCUGAAUCCCAGAACAACCCCCAUCUUUCAGUGAACAGAAUGAGAGGCCUUCCGUAACCUGGCAUAACUGGCCAUCAUGGGGAAGUUGAUCAGGAUGGGGAUGCAGGAAAGGCGGUUACUCCUGCCAAAACGGCUUCAAUGGAGUCGCUUCCUCUUCCUACUGGGAAUGUUGAUCAUCGGUUCCACCUACCAGCACCUGAGGAGCCCUCUGGGCCUCCCCUCACUGUGGGCAGCAGUCUCUUCCCAAUACCCUGUAAAGCUGGCCAGCCGGGACCUUCCCAGCAACGAGAUGAUGACGGUGAGCAGUGACCCUCCAAGGGCUAGUUCUGAAAUGGAGGGUGAGACACUGGAACCCCAGGGCACAGUGGGCAAGGAGGAAGCAACAGCUGGCAUAACAAUGGAGAACACUCUCGAUACACCCAGAAGAAUAGCCAACAUCCCUCCCACAGAACCUAAGAAUAACUACAGCCCAACAGCAGCAGGCACAGACAGAACGAAGGAAAACACCCCAACCAGACCAAGUGGAGUACUGAAUCACUACACCCCAACUUCAAGCAUAUCAACAAUAAAGAAUUAUACCCCAGCAACGCCCAGGGGAGAAAUGAAGCACUACCCCCCAACUCGAGCCAGGGGAAAGGUGAAAAAAUACACCCAAUCCCCACAUGGUAGAAUAGUAAACUCUGCCCCAUCCACAUUCAUGACAAUGACAAGAAGCCAUGGGAUCACUCCCAGAACGACAGUGAAAGACAUUGAAACUGUGGCAACCUACAAAAUAUUGGAGACCAGCCCCUUCAAGGGAGUCGUGGAGGAAACCACCCCAACUACUAAGAGAAUAACUGAUAAGACUCCAACUUUCCUGAUAAAUGACAUAGAAACAAACAUCUUGACUUCUCCUAGGAGUGCAGUGGAUAAGAACACGCUGACUACCCCCAGAAGAGUGGACAAUAACAGCUCAACCAAUCCUCGGAGGUUAGUGGGAAAGAGCAACCUGACGACUUUCCAGGGAAUAGUUUUAGAGCACACUGCAGCCACCUCUGAUGGGCAAGUGACAGUUAGCACCAGGGUUAGGAAUCCCUCGUCCAGAACCAGUGCACCAACCACUGGAUUAUCCUUAGCCACCUUCUGGGGGCUGGCGAAGAAACCUCCCAGAGCACCAAGCACCUCAGUAACCCUCAGCAUCAGGGCAAAUCCAACCACCCAGGUUCGUCACUGUGUGGAGCCAGCUCCAGCCAUGCCCACUACCCCCUCCCCGAGCCUGACAACGGCCCCGCUCCCAGAGGCACCCAGCCCCAGUCCCUCGGCGCUGCCCCCCAGCUGGCCAGACCACCCUAAGGCAGAGUACCCCCCAGACCUGUUCAGCGUGGAGGAGCGGAGGCAGGGCUGGGUAGUCCUGCACAUCGUUGGCAUGAUGUACGUGUUUGUGGCCUUGGCCAUCGUGUGUGAUGAGUACUUUGUCCCAGCCCUGGGUGUCAUCACAGACAAGCUGCAGAUCUCUGAGGAUGUGGCUGGUGCCACAUUCAUGGCUGCUGGAGGCUCUGCCCCCGAGCUCUUCACCUCCCUCAUCGGCGUCUUCAUCUCCCACAGCAAUGUGGGCAUCGGCACAAUUGUGGGCUCUGCUGUGUUCAACAUCCUCUUUGUCAUCGGCACCUGUGCCCUAUUCUCCCGGGAGAUCCUCCACCUCACUUGGUGGCCCUUGUUCCGUGACGUCUCCUUCUACAUCCUUGACCUGAUGAUGCUCAUUCUCUUCUUCCUGGACAGCCUCAUUGUCUGGUGGGAGAGCCUGCUGCUGCUGCUGGCCUAUGCCUCCUAUGUGUUCACCAUGAAGUGGAACAAGAAGCUUGAGCUCUGGGUGAAGGAGCAGCUCAGCAGGUGGCCAGUGGCCAAGGUCAUGGCCCUCGGGGACUUCAGCAAGCCAGGUGAUGGGGCAGUGGCGAUGGAUGAGCUACAGGAGGACAAGAAGCUGAAGCUCCCGUCCGUGCUGACCCGAGGGAGCAGCUCAGCCUCUCUGCACAACAGCACCAUCCGCAGCACCAUGUACCGGCUCAUGCUCCACAGCCUGGACCCUCUGGGGGAAGCACGUUCCUCCAAGAACAGGGAUGAGGAGAGCUUGAAUCAGGAGGCCAAAGCAGAGAGCAACCCAGAAGAGGAGGAGCCAACCAAGCUCCCUGCGGUCAAGGUCACACCAGCCCCUGCUCCAGACGUCAAGGGAGAUCAGGAGGAGGAUCCUGGCGGUCAGGAAGGAGAUGUGGCUGCAGCUGAGAGCACAGGUGCAAUGACAGGCAAAGAGGCUGAAGCUCCUGGUGAAGGUGAAAAUGGAGGUGAAACUCAGCUAGAAGGUGAAGGUGAAACUGAAGCAGAAGGGAAAGGAGACAAUGAAGGUGAAGGUGAAAUCCAAACAGAAGGAGAUGCUGGUGAAGUGAAAGGUGACGCCGAAGAGCAGGGAUUCAAUGCUGGAAAUCAAGGUGAAACCAGAAGUGAUGAGAAAGGUACAGAUGGUGAAGGGGAAGGUGAUGGAGGUGAAGGUGAACAUGAAGAGAACAAGAGUGAAGUCCAAGCAGAAAUAAAAGAAAAUGAUGAAGGUGAAGGUGAACUCCCAGCAGAAGGAGAAGAUGGCAAAAUGAAAGGUGAUGGUGAAACCAAAGAGCAGGACUUCAUUGCUGAAAAUCAAGGUGAAGCCAAAAGUGUUGAGAAAGGUACAAAUGGUGAAGGAGGAGGCGAUGGGGGUGACAGUGAAGAUGAAGAUGAAGAGGAAGAUGAGGAUGAGGAUGAGGAAGAAGAGGAGGAAGAGGAAGAAAAUGAGGAGCCUUUGUCGCUGGAGUGGCCUGAGACCUGGCAGAAGCAGGCUGUUUACCUCUUCCUCCUGCCCAUUGUGUUCCCCCUGUGGCUGACAGUGCCCGACGUCCGGAGGCUGGAGUCUAGAAAGUUCUUUGUUAUCACCUUCCUGGGAUCCAUCCUGUGGAUAGCCAUGUUCUCAUACCUUAUGGUGUGGUGGGCUCACCAGGUUGGUGAAACAAUAGGGAUUUCUGAAGAGAUUAUGGGUUUGACGAUCCUGGCAGCAGGCACAUCAAUUCCUGACCUGAUCACCAGUGUGAUUGUUGCUCGGAAAGGCCUGGGAGACAUGGCCGUGUCAAGCUCUGUGGGCAGUAACAUAUUUGAUAUCACCGUGGGCCUGCCUGUUCCCUGGUUGCUCUUCUCUCUUAUCAAUGGACUACAGCCUGUUCCAGUCAGCAGCAAUGGCUUGUUCUGUGCCAUCGUCCUGCUCUUUCUCAUGCUCCUGUUUGUGAUCUCUUCAAUUGCAUCGUGCAAAUGGAGAAUGAACAAGAUCCUGGGCUUCACAAUGUUCCUCCUUUAUUUUAUAUUCCUGAUAAUCAGUGUGAUGUUAGAAGAUCGAAUCAUAUCCUGUCCUGUAUCUAUCUGAGUCCGUCACUGUUGCUCAAAGUGGACAUGGAUCAGAAAACCAUGGCAGAAGUUACUGUACCUCUUGGUACACUGAUGAAUGAACAUGAUCCAGGAGAGUGAACUGAGAGGCUGAGAGCAUCUGAUGUCAAUGUGAUACAGGAGUGAAGAUUAUCGUUGGGAACACCUGCAGCUCAUUGUGAUUAAAAAUCUCCCUUCUGGGGUCGGGGAGUGUAUGGAGUUCCAACCCUUACUGCUACAGACACUGUCACAUGGACUCCAGUAAAAGGACCCCUGGAGUCAGAGGGUGUUCUACAUGAGAUACCUGGAGGGUUGGGGCAGGCACCGUAAGACAAGCCACCAAGCUCAUGUAUUCCUGAUUAUUAAAGGGCUGCUGAUCCAGAAGAUGCAGAUGUGGGCUCUAUCUGACCCUCCUGGCUCCUGCCCCAAGCACAUGCUGCACUUCACUGUCUCCUCUGUUUCUGUUCCAAACAUGAGGUUCUACCAGGUUUGCAAUCAUCACUGGUUCAGUUACUGGUGAGUUUAAGAGCUAAGGCUAUAGGAAAAAAUGAAAUAUAACAGGAAUCAAUUAUCAUUAGUAAGAUGUGUACCAAUAUUUUAUAGCUUAAAAGGAUUACAUUAGCUCUUAUUGCAUUUCUGAAAAGUGAAAUUAAAAUAAGUAACCUAAGAAAUUAAAAUUUGUAAUUUGCCCUUGAAUUGGAAGGCCUGGAUAUGAGAGAAGGAAAACUACUCUAAGGGCUAUUUAAAAAUAUGUACUUAUUAGAAAAUCCAAGUUAGUGUUGUCUCCAUCAAGUGGUCUCCUUGAGGGAUUAGACAUAUAACACAGUGGUUGGUCCUAGCUCUGCCCCUCCAGCAUAUUCUCACCCAACAGUACAGAUGCUCCUAGUGAGUGAGAAGGUGGAGUUCAGUCAGUAGAGCCAAGUCUGGAUUAUAAAGUAAGAGACCCAGUGGGGCAAGGCCACUUUUGCAUGUUAACCCAGAUGGGAUUAUAAAGCAAGAAGAUGGAUGUCUUGUGUGGCUUACAAGUGGGGAUUAAGGCAAUCACAAAGGAGAAAUCCCAAAAAUGCGUAGCACAAUGGCAACACAGUGAGAACAAAAGUAUUUCUACUUCCAAGAUAGCUAGUAUAAAGGACACUUGUUUUAAAAAGUGUGUGGUUAUUUAAACAUUUCCUGUGGAAUUUGAAGUGCUUGUAUAUUAAAUACCAAUGCUUACUGCUUUUACUAGCAUCAAGUUAAGGGACACAUGAGAAAUGAAACAGUUCUAUGUCCCUGGUUUGAGAGCAAAGGGAGCUGAGGGGACUGUAGAUUAUGAUAGUAAAUAGAGCUUUAGUUACAACAUGAGAGAGGAUUCAUGAAGACUAGAAGAUAGCAGGAUAUGAAAAGAAAAAUCAAACAUCUUGAUGUUGAUGGGCUGCGUUCAAAUUAAGUACUUCAGUCCAUAAUCCAUCUUUAGUUUGGGUUAAUUUAACUAAUGGCCUCACUACCCCAGGAUUCAUGUUCUUUAGAAAUGACUUUUAUUCAGUUUCAAUAAACUGUGAGUCCCAUUGGUAUUUUACAAACAUGGUCAGAAUGCUCCAGAGAAGACUGAUGAAGAAUAUGUAGUCAUAUUCAAAUUCCAUAUUCUGAAGUUAUCCUCGUUCCUGAUGCUGCUGCAGUGCCCAGUCUCCACAUGCCAUGACCUAAGAACAGGAAGGAGAUCCCAAUGCCAACUCUGGGCGCCAACCUGGUUUCUGCGGCCAAUUCCAGCUAGCCACAGGGCAUUCCUCCCCACUGAUGGCCAGGGACCUGGCGCUCUUUCCCAGAAUGACUGAGUGGGGAGUGAUGGACAGUGAAAUGUUCUGUAAUGAUAAAGCUGCUUCAUGAUUAAAAUCAACUCUAAUGAU